GACCCCGAAGAGCUGGUAAGUCAUGCAGGCAGCACACCUCACGACCUUGCAAAGGACGGCGAUGACAAGAAGGUUUUCGUGGCUCUGCUGACCGGCAAAGACUGUGAAUGCCUGUGGUUGCAAGACCGGACUAUCCGACAGCUGAAAGAAGAAGCUCAGCAAAAACUGGAUCUUACGAUGAACUUGAUUGGUCCCAACAUGGAGCCGUUGGACGAAGAGAAGAUGCUCCCAGAAGAAAACAUUGUGCCUGGCACCACGCUGACAGUCGUUGCAGUAAACCAGGCAGCAGAGGAUGAGAAAGAAGCGGCAGAAUGCGACCAUGAGAUUCUCGAUGCAGCCCAGCUCGGCAAAGUCGGCGCCGUGCGGCACCUGCUGCGGACGGUGCCCGGCGCCGUGGCCGAAACGGAGAGCGGCAGCGGCUACAGCGCGUUGCACGUGGCGGCGGGCGAAGGCCACGUGGAGAUUUGUCGGCUGCUGCUGGCGGCUGGCGCCGAGGUGGACGCCAGGGGGGACGAGAGCGGCAACACCCCGCUGCAUUUCGCAACGUACAACGGCCAAGUGGAGGUGGUAAAACUGCUCCUCGAGGCGAAAGCCUCCGUGACAGUGAAAGACUUGCAGGGCCAGACUCCAUUGGACGAUGCGCGAAGACAGGGCCACGAUGAAGUUGUGAAGAUUCUUGAGAAUGCCGCAUGAAGCUUGAACUUUUGCGCGUGGAGGAUCUCUGGAUUGAUGGUGCGGGCUUCAUGUUUCACAUGUUUGCCUCAAGUGGCUGGAAUCAUCAUGCUGUUCCCUCUCAUUCGGAUUGGCCGAUGGGUUUUACCCACUGAAUGUCUCCUAGCAGCUGCUGUGCGAGUGGCUCCGACUUUUAAGGCUGCAGUCACAAAAGGUCAUGCUGCAAGUUCGCAGCAAGUUUGGCCGAGCAGUCGACAGAUUUGGGUGUUCAACUGUUCUACUUGAGCCGACCUCGUCAUCAGCUGCCACAUUCCGCUGCACGAGCAGCCUAUGGCUUGGCUCCAAUGCAGCUAUCUCCCAACUUGCAGCCAAAGUUGCUGUUGGUGGUGGACAGAUUGAUUUAUGAGGGACUGACCUUUGAU